CCGGUUUCAUUCGGUAAAGAUAAGAGGGGUGGGAACAGCCACAGGAGUGUAUGCUUGCCUGUGUGUGGGUUUCCACCACUACUUUUACUGUAACCUCAACACACACAAACACCCUGCAACAAUGUCACGAAGAGAACGGCCAUGGUCGGUGUACAUGAUAAACACACUGGAUCUUGCCUCAGAGAUGCUUGGACUGGCAUUAGCAGGAAACAGCCAAGACCCUGAUGAGCCAGUACUGGAGUUCAGUCUUGUGUGCAGUGAGUUGACCACACCAUCCCUGGACCGGAAACCUAACUGUUUUGUCGCUGUGAGCUGUACCACUCCCCCACAGGCUUUCUGGACCAAACAUGCACAGACAGAGAUCAUUGAGGGUACAAAUAAUCCCAUGUUUCUCAGCAGUGUGGCAUUUUUCCAGAACUCCCACAUUAACCAGCGUACACAGGUCAAACUCUCUGUAUAUGAUGUAAAAGAUCGCUCCCAAGGAACGAUGUACCUUCUUGGCUCAGCGAUGUUCCCAGUAAAGGAGCUUCUGCAGGAAAAGAACCACAAACUUAACUUGCCUCUCAGGUCGGCAGAAAAUGAGCAUGUGGGUACUAUUACAGUCAUUGCCUGGCAGCUAGAGGAGAAGAGAGAUCAGCAGACACCAGUUAAACAACUACAAGACACCAUUAACGGCAGGACUGUUCUUCCUGUAGAUGAGAGUCUGACAGAGUCUGUGGGAGUCAGAGCAAAAUAUGCCUCACUGUGGAAAGACACCUUUUUACGAUCUGUGUUUGGGGGCACCAUGUCUCGAAUGUACCGUUUACCCACAACUGAUGGGAAUCAUUUACGUAUCCUGGAGCAGAUGGCUGAGAGCAUCCUGUCACUCAACAUCCCACGACAGUUCGUCAAACUCUUACUGGAAGAGGAUUCUGCCAGGGUGUCUGAGCUGGAAGAGUUGGGUGAGUUAUCUCCGUGUUGGGAGAAUCUUCGGCGGCAGAUUGUGACGCAGUAUCAGAGCAUCCUUCUGACCUAUCAGGAUUCACUCACACACUUGCAGGACUACAAAGGUCCAUCAUUCAAAGCCAGUAAUCUGAAAGCAGAAAGGAAGUUAGAAUUUAUGCCCACCAACCUUCAUGUGCAGAGAAUGAGGGUUCAGGAUGAGAGUGCCUUUGAUCACACCUAUGAUGUGGUGACGAUCGGGGCCCCUGCAGCUCACUGCCAGGGCUUCAAAAAUGGGGGUUUGCGGAAACUCCUCCAGAAAUUCGAGGAGGCAAAGAAACUCAUUUAUGAGGAGGAAUGUGGUCUGUCCAGCUCCCAAUCCAUCGUCUAUAUCCCACAAGAUAUUGUCCGUGCCAAAGAAAUCAUCUCCCAUAUCAACACACUAAAGACUCAGGUCAGCUACUACGCUGAGCGCCUGUCCCGCUUUGCAAAGGAGCGUUCCGCUAACGGCAUGGAAAGAACCCUUGCCAUCCUGGCAGAUAAGGAACCACAUCGAACCACAUCAAUCUCAAACCCUCACCACUCAAGAAUAACCAUAACAAAAACAACAACAAAAAACAACUGCGGUUACCAGAGCCGGCCAAAUCCAGCUCCAUUCCUGCUUGGUGUCGGACUCCACUGCUACUUGUCGCUGAGUGAUGACGACAAACAACAGCCGGUGCUAGCCAGACAUCACUUCAGAGAGGAUGAACUGAUGCCAACUCCAACUACACGGCAGCUGGUAAUGGUAUGUGACUGUAAGCUGCUGGCAUCUGCAGUGCAGGCCCUGAAUGCAGCUAGACCAGAGUACAUCGCCUCUAAAAACUCCCCCUCGGCUGACUCAGAGCAGGUGAUGCUUAGAAAUGAUCAGGACACACUGCUGGCUAAAUGGAGUGGCAGAAACAGUCGCUCGUCUCUUCAAGUUGAUUGGCAGGAGGAAGAGUGGGAGAAGGUGUGGGGGAAUGUUGACAAAAGUCUGGAAUGUAUAAUCCAACGAGUGGACAAACUGCUGCAGAGGGACAGAUUUCACAGCAGCAGCAGUGAGGACAUGUUUCAGACUGACCAGCAGGGCGGCGCCAUUAAGAAAGGUAAUGUGAGAAAAAAAGCCUUCUGGAUCAACCCUGUCUGCAUGGAGGAGUAUUCCUCAGCCUCCGAACAGGAACAGCAGUCAUCCUCGCCAUCAUCAUCAUCUCCAUCUUCAUCCUCACCACCUGAUCUAAACCCUGCAUGCCACACUAGUGCAGAAACACACGCAUAUGGCAGCAGCAGUAGUGGAGAGGAGAGUUAUCCUGGUGAGUGGAGUGAGGCCCUGUAUCCCCUGUUAACGACUCUAACGGAGUGUGUGGCCAUGAUGAGUGACAAAGCCAAGAUGUCGAUGGUUUUCUUGCUCAUGCAAGACAGUGCACCCACCAUCGCAAUGGACCUCAACCUGCAGUACCGGCGAGAUGUGGUCUUCUGUCAGACACUCACAGCACUUAUUUGUGGUUUCAUCAUCAAACUAAGAAACUGCCUCCGUGAUGAUGGCUUCCUAAGACAGCUUUACACCAUUGGUCUGCUCGCUCAGUUUGAGUGUCUAUUAAGUACUUACGGAGAGGAGUUAGCCAUGUUAGAGGACAUGAGUGUAGGAAUAAUGGAUCUUCGGAAUGUGACUUUCAAAGUGACGCAGGCCAUCUCUACCUCUUCCCCCGACAUGCUGCCGGUGAUCACGGGAAAUCGCGAUGGGUUUAACGUUCGCAUCCCACUCCCGGGUAGCAUGUUUGAUGCAUUGCCAAGGGAGAUUCAGAGUGGCAUGCUGCUGCGAGUACAGCCGGUGCUGUUUAACGUGGGCAUCAAUGAGCAGCAAACACUUGCUGAGAAGUUUGGAGACACGUCUCUUCAGGAACUCAUCAACGUGGAGAGUCUGGCACGACUUAGUUCUUACUACCAGCAAUUCAAGGAAGUUUUACCAGAGGACUGUCUUCCUUGCUCGCGUAGUCAGACGUGUCUCCCAGAGCUGUUGCGGUUCCUUGGUCAGAAUGUUCAUGCUAGGAAAAAUAAAAAUGUAGACAUCUUGUGGCAGGCUGCAGAGAUUUGUCGGCGACUUAACGGAGUACGUUUCACCAGCUGUAAAAGUGCGAAGGACCGUACUGCCAUGUCAGUGACUCUGGAGCAGUGUCUGAUCCUGCAGCAUGAGCACGGCAUGGCCCCACAGGUCUUCACACAGGCCCUUGACUGUAUGCGCAGCAUUGGGACCAGGGAGGGGGUAACUCAGAAGAACCUGAGCGGCAUAUUGCCAGUACGUGAUUUCAGGCUGGACCCCAGUCUGCUCUACUCUCUGCCACUUCUAGCCCUGAGCCCAAACCUUCUCAUCGUCUGGGUGUUCCUCAGCAUAGCCUACCUGCUGGCCAAACUCCGCUGCAGCUGAGCUCAAGAUCCCCUUUUUCCAUUCUUUAUGGCCCGCUUUACACCUGGCAUUACAAAAUGGAAAACACCACUAACAUAUUACAUCUGAGGUUGUGUUAACCAUACAUUUUCAGUUGUUUUCAAAAUUUAAAAAACAUUAGUGGAUAAUUCAGACCUGUAAUUUCAAUCAUAAGGUAUCUGGUAGAAACAUUAAAGGUUGCUAAUUGGGAUUAGAAGUGAAGAAAAGGGGAGGAAAUAAAGAUUUGAAGCACCCUGCAAAAAUACGAGAUUUGUCCAAGUGUAGUCCAAUGGAAUAGAACGCAACAGUCUGCUUCCAGAAGUAAAAAUCCCAUAGAUUUUUUUCAAAGGGGAAUUGAUUAUUGCAGCAGUAUCUAUUUUGAGCCAAAAACGGACUAAAAUAUAAUUAAUUUUUCACUAAAAAUCUUGCCAUCUGCAAUCUCCUUGAAGCUCAAUUACAUGUCCUCGUGCUUGACGCAACAGCAGAGCGCUGCACACAUGCUCUGAAUGAUGCAAUUGAUUCAGUCACCCUGCAAUCUCAAGCUACUUAUAUAUUUGCACAUAUCUGAAUAUUUUCUGAAUGUGGUUUCAGUGAUCCCAUCACAAUUCAAUCACAAUGCGUGUUGGGUGCUUUUCUACCUGGCUAUUCGAUUGUGCUCCAGUAACAGGUGUAAAGGGGCCAAUCUCGUUUUUCCUCGCUCCGGCUAUCUCAGCACUUACUUUCUCUGUCCCUUUCUCCACUCACUCCUCUGUGGUGAUAAGCUGUGUGCAGACUGUAGACGAUGCUGAUUUCUAUCUGGUUGAUAGCAGACUGCAUCCUUUAGCUCUUCUUGCUUAACAGCCAGUCUAAAGGUCUUGAAGUUGCCUUCUGCCUUACCUUUCUCCUUUGCUAUGUAAUUAUGGUUGACAUUAAGAGAAAUGUCAAGGAAUUGUACAUAUUACAAAUAUUUUGAAUUAUUUAGAGGGUACACUGAAAAUAGAUAUUCCUAUAUAUUUAAGACUUUGAUUUAUUGAUUCAAUUCUAAAUAUUCUUAUAAUAUCAAACUGAUUUAUUUGUGUUAAAUAACUAUUUUUUAAGCACAUGCAUAUAAUGUACUGGUGGUCCAUGCAGUAUGUCGAGAUAUUGUUUCUGUAACCGUAUCAUGGAAUUCCAGUCAUUUUUGUUAUUGAUCUUUUACGUCUUCCAUGUGUUUCUAUCUAAAUGCAAAGCUAAGGCCUAGCCUAACUAUCAUAGCACUUGCUUUAAAGGUUUACUGCACUUUAGGCUGUUAAUUGUGUCCAUGUCUUCCCAUGUUUAGCACGAAGGAUUCUGCUCUUUUUCCAUGAUUGGUUUGCACUAACCAGUUUGCAGACAAUUAAAUAUGGCCAUCUAAGAUUAUAAAUUCAGUCAGGGAAAUUUAAUUAUGCAGCUGAGUUAAAACUACUUUUUAUCAUGAUUAUGUUUGCUACAGUGCAUCCGGAAAGUAUUCACAGCGCU